AUGAAGAAUGGAAAAUUACAAUGUCAUCUAAAACUUAUAUUCUGUUUCGCCAUGAUGUGCUUCAUUCAAUUUCUGGUUGGAUGUUUGUAUACAUUUUCAUCUACACUUUUGGCGCAACUUCGAGAACCUUCUUCAACAAUUCAUUUGAGUAUCGAAGAAGAAUCUUGGAUAACAAGUAUUACGAUACUUAUAUGUCCGAUCGGUCUACUCAUAAUUGGAAUUUUAACGGACAAAUUUGGUAGAAGAAAAACUAUUCAAAUUAUAUGCGCACCAAUGGCAUUAGGUUGGCUAAUAAUUACAUUUUCUAACUCUUAUACCACACUAUUAAUUGGAAAAAUUAUACUUGGAAUCCCGUUUGGCGUGAGUACGUGCACUUUUCUAUACAUUUCCGAACUUUCCCCGACCAACCUGCGACCGCUGUACAUAACGCUGGUCCCCUUUACCGUAGGCCUGGGCAUGAUGGCGGAAUGCAUAAUGGCCAUGUAUUUUCGGUGGCAAACCAUAUCCGGUAUCAUGUUGGCGAUCAGUUUGGUCAAUUUCCUAAUGCUGUUCAUGGUUCCGGAACCACCGAUUUGGCUUAGGUCCAGGGGCCGGGUUGCCGAGGCGGAUGAGGUGGACAGGUGGCUGAAUUUGGGCAACACGACGCAUGUGUCAGAUGCAUCGGCUGAUGUGGUCGAACAGCCGGCCGUGGCCAUGGAGGUCGACGACAACGUCCACACCACGCCCGCAGCACCCACGUCAUUGUCGCCGUACUGGUCUCUUUUCUUGCGACGCAACGUGUGGUUGCCGACGGUGAUCACGCUGACGUUCUUCGUCUGCCAGCAGUGCAGCGGCGUAUACGUGCUACUGUUCUACUCGAUGGACGUGGUCAGGGACUGCAAGAUGCCAUGGGACAGCAACACUGUUUCGCUGUUCCUGUCCUUGGCCAGGGUGAUAGGAGUCCUGGGUUUCGCGGCGAUGCACCGAGUCGCACGCCGAACACUUGUCAUGAUUUCCGGCGGAAGUAUGGCCAUCUCGCUGCUCAUAGUAGUUGCCUACAUGAAAGCGUUCGCGGGCGUCCAGGACCCACCGUUUGAGAUGACGCUCAUUGUUGCGUUUGUAAUGUUCAUGUUUUUCGCCCUGCUGGGAAUUCUACCCAUGCCUUGGAUACUAUGCGGCGAGGUUUUUCCGAUGGAAGUAAAAGGUGUUAUGAAUGGAGUUGUACAGACAUGUGGAUAUGUUAUCUGGUUUACGAUUUGCAAAAUAUAUCCAUCGCUGAUCUUAAAUUUAGGAGUGGAAGUCAUUUGGUCGAUAUUCGCUUUCUUCUGUAUAUUAAACGUGUUAUUUGCCAUAUUUAUUAUGCCCGAAACUAAGGGGAAAAGUCUAGACGAAAUAUUGUUAUAUUUCGAACCACCGAAUAAAAUUAAGAAAAUCGACUUUCCGUAA